UUACCUUUUAAUGGUGUUAAUUAUUUCUUUAGUGAUUAUAUAUAGUGAUAUACCAAACGCACAGGCUUCUCUUUUUUUGAUAAGGUGUAUCUUAAUACACAAGAUAUAGCUUAAGAGCACAUCAAACACUUUCAAAAACUUUGCUUUUCCAUAGACAAAAAUUGGAAAAACAUCAAAAUGGGUUUAUUGCCAUUGGUGAAGAAACUAGGUUUCAUCUUUCUUCUUAUUUCAGCUUCAGCGUUUGCUCUCUCUUCUGCAGGACGAUCAUCCAUUCUAAUCUAUAGCCAAGAAGAUGAUCAUCCAGAGGUGGUGGAAAGAAGAAUACAUGAGCAUGAGAGAAUCUUGAGAAUGAAUUCAGUAGACUAUGGCCACUUCAGUCCUAAACCAAAGCUCGUGAGGCCUCCUUUCAAGCUUAUUCCCAACUGAUCAUAUCAUCGAUCGACUAUAUAUAGAUGCCAGACUUUAUGAGAUGUAUACUAUAUGUAAACCUAAAUACUAACACUGCAAUAAGUUUGAAUGAUAAUCAUAUAUAUAAGUUUGAAGAUAUGUUGUCUAGUAAAAUAAUGAUUAGAUAGUGUUCUUUGCUAUCAUGCGAAUGUAAAUUUGGUAAAUAUAGUCAUCAAUAUUGUCGGUUAAACGAAAAAAAUUAGAUGAAUAUUCAAUU